UUUUUUUAUUCAAAACACACCCUUCAGCUCUCGUUCAUAAAUACCAUGCGUUUCUCAACUAGCAUUGCUCUAAUCGCUGCCGUCGCCUUCGGAGGUAGCAGCGUUCUGGCUCAGGAAUACGAUAUCACCUCCCUUGAAGCUCGCGACUUCGAUACUGAUCUGGAGGUUCGAGAACUUGAUUUUGAUCUCGACGCUCGGGACUUCGAUCUUGACCUGGAAGCCCGCGAAAUUGAGAGCGAACUCACCACCCGUGAACUCGAUUCGUCUAUUGAAGAGCGUGAUGUCGAUGAGGAGCUCGAGGCUCGCGGCAGGCAUGGCAGAAAAGGCCGUCACGGCCGCGGUCGAAAACACAGGGGUGGCAGGAAAGCAGCUGCUCCUGCAGCAGAGGCCGCACCCGCUGAAGCUCCUCCCGCUGAGGUAGCCACUCGCGAGUUCAUCGAAGAGCUUGAGGCUCGCGGCAGGCAUGGCAGAAAAGGUCGUCACGGCCGCGGUCGAAAACACAGGGGUGGCAGGAAAGCAGCUGCCCCUGCAGCAGAGGCCGCACCCGCUGAGGCUCCUCCCGCUGAGGUAGCCACUCGCGAGUUCAUCGAAGAGCUUGAGGCUCGCGGCAGGCAUGGCAGAAAAGGUCGUCACGGCCGCGGUCGAAAACACAGGGGUGGCAGGAAAGCAGCUGCCCCUGCAGCAGAGGCCGCACCCGCUGAAGCUCCUCCCGCUGAGGUAGCCACUCGCGAGUUUGAUCCAGAACUCGAAGCCCGCCAGAUUGAGGAGAUCGAGGAGCUCAUUGCUCGGGCGCCCCGAGGCGGUGGUGGCCGUGGAGGUGGCCGACGUGGUGGAGGUGGUCGACGUGGCGGCGGCGGACGUGGUGGCCGAGGUCGCAAAGCCCAGCAAGAGCAACCUACUGAGGUUAAGUGAAAGUGUAAUGUGACACCGCGGAUCUAAAGAUUAUCUCGCGUAUGAUGUAUCUAACUAUCUUGCAUCAAAUUUCGUGGGAUUCU